CCACGUGAUCGUGACGACAGCGCGCCCGCGCCGGCCGGACGCGCUAGACUUUAGCGGGAUCCAGUUCCGGGCCUAGUUGUUUAAAGCCCGGUGUUUUUGGCUUUGAGGGGGCGGGGGUUUUUAUUCGUAGGCUCUCUGGUCCGGGUUUUGCAUUCCACGAUGUACCACAACAGUAGCCAGAAGCGGCACUGGACUUUCUCUAGUGAGGAGCAUUUGGCACGAUUGCGGGCCGAUGCCAACCGCAAAUUCAAAUGCAAGGCGGUGGCGAACGGGAAGGUUCUUCCAAAUGAUCCAGUCUUCCUUGAGCCUCAUGAAGAAAUGACACUCUGCAAAUACUAUGAGAAAAGAUUAUUGGAAUUCUGUUCUGUGUUCAAGCCAGCAAUGCCAAGGUCUGUUGUGGGUACAGCUUGUAUGUAUUUCAAGCGUUUUUAUCUUAAUAAUUCAGUAAUGGAAUAUCACCCCCGGAUAAUAAUGCUCACUUGUGCAUUUUUGGCCUGCAAAGUAGAUGAAUUCAAUGUUUCUAGUCCUCAAUUUGUUGGAAACCUUCGGGAGAGUCCUCUUGGACAGGAGAAGGCACUUGAACAGAUUUUGGAAUAUGAACUGCUACUUAUCCAGCAACUUAACUUCCACCUUAUUGUCCAUAAUCCCUAUAGACCAUUUGAGGGCUUCCUCAUCGAUUUAAAGACUCGCUAUCCCAUGUUGGAGAAUCCAGAGAUUUUGAGGAAAACAGCUGAUGACUUUCUUAAUAGAAUUGCCUUGACAGAUGCUUACCUUUUAUACACACCUUCCCAAAUUGCCCUCACUGCCAUUUUAUCUAGUGCCUCCAGGGCUGGAAUUACUAUGGAAAGUUAUUUAUCAGAGAGUCUGAUGUUAAGAGAGAACAGAGCUUGCUUAUCACAGUUCCUAGAUAUAAUGAAAAGCAUGAGAAACUUAGUAAAGAAGUAUGAACCACCCAGAUCUGAAGAAGUUGCUGUUCUAAAACAGAAGUUAGAGCGAUGCCAUUCUGCUGAGCUUGCACUGCAUGUAACUACGAAGAAGAGGAAAGGCUAUGAAGAUGAUGAUUAUGUCUCAAAGAAAUCCAAACACGAGGAGGAAGAAUGGACUGACGAUGACCUGGUAGAUUCUCUCUAACCAUUUGAAGUUGAUUUGUCAAUGCUAAUCAAGAGUAGGAAGCAUAUUGGACACUCAACUUGAUUUGAAAAUUAUAAUGGGAAAACAUCAAAAUAUGUUAAACAUUUCUAUGUGUUAUUUAAAUUUUUUUUCUUUUAUAGUAACUUUAUGUAAAAUAAAAGAUCUUCAAAAGAGCCAG